GGUGUAAGUGAGAAUUACAUAAAAUCCAAGGGUGAAAAAGUAAACUCACACAAAGCAUAUAAUAGUUCAUCUAGGAGUCUCCGAGACGCGUUUUCAAAGAGCCAUCUCAAAGUUUCUCUCAUGGAUUCGGAAUCGCAACAAUUUGUGAACAAGAAUGUUGAAGCAACAGGAUUCAACCCGGGAUUGAUUGUCUUGCUGGUUGUGGGCGGGCUGCUGAUAACAUUCCUUGUUGGCAACUAUGCAUUGUACAUGUACGCACAGAAAACGCUUCCACCGAGAAAAAAGAAGCCAGUUUCCAAGAAGAAGUUGAAGAGGGAGAAACUGAAGCAAGGCGUUGCGGUACCUGGAGAAUAGACCAGACAUGGUUAAAAAAGUGGAGGUUAAGUUUGUGUUAGUGUUUCGGUACCUAUUUGUCUUGUUGUGAGAUGCUUGCGCUGGUGUUAGUUUUGUUACUGUUUAUUUACUGGUGAGUGCUUUAGUUUUGUUAGUUUUGGUCCGUUUGGACCUCUGGCUCUGGUUUACUAAACUGAAUAAAGAUAUACCAUGGGGCGUUACCUGAUUGGGAUCUAAA